GUGAGCGCGCGGACGGUAGUGUCGCGGGGACGAGCUGCGCGCUCCUGAUCGCGCUCAGUGCGGCUCGGACAGACGCGGGACCGGACCGUGCGUCCUCUGCGGGAACUCAAGAGGAACUUCCGCCGCGCGGAGCGAUGCAGGAGCGCUUCAUCAUGGACCUGCUGCUGCUCCUGAUGUCUCUGUCGGCGUUCCGUGUUUCUGCGGAGCAGGAGGUGGAGAAUCUCUCCGGACUUUCACCGAAUCCUGACCGGGAUAUAUUCGUAGUGAGAGAGAACGGAACGACCUGCUUGAUGGCGGAGUUUGCGGUGAAAUUCCUGAUUCCCUACGACGUCCUGGCACUGAACGGGAUCGAUCUGAUCACGGAGCAGACGUCCGUGUCGAUCCCGCGUGGAGCUCAGAUCGCUGGGAAAUGCGGGAGCAGUGAGUCGGAGCUGCAGAUCUCGUGGAUCAAUCACGCUUUCACAUUCCUCAUCUUCUUCUCAAAGGACAAACACACCAGGGGCACUGAUGGGAAAGCUAAAGAAACUGAAGUGUGGAAGAUAAACAAGGUCCAGCUGGUCUACAACACUUCAGAGACGACACACUUCAGUAACGCGUAUAAUCCGGGGAAACACACGGCCAGCACACACCGUCUCUCUGCUCUGGUGACUCCGGCCGGACGCUCGUAUGUUUGCUCGGCUCAGCAGACGCUCACACUGAUCUCCAGCGACCAUCAGAAGGGAAUCACCGUCUCCAUGUACGACAUUCAGAUCCAGCCCUUCGACAUCAAGAGCGACUUCGUCUUCAGUGAACAGUAUAAGUGCAUCACAGACGAGCGUGAGCAGCUGGAGCAGAUGUUGCCGCUGGUGUUGGGUCUCAUCCUGGGUCUCAUCAUCGUCAUCACCAUCUCUGUGUAUCACUUCCAUCUCAAACUGAGCGCCGCGCAGCCGCAGCUUCCUCGAGACCGCUCGCUCUACAAGAACAUGUGAGGACCCCUGCAGACCGUCUCCUCUCUCUCCGCUUCCUGUGUGUUGAGUGCAUGAGUUUCAUGACACUGCGAUUAAAUAUUGCUGUUGCUGUGUGGACAUUUUUGUCUCUAAGUUUACAUUUCACAAUUACUAAUUUUAAAGUCAAAUGCAAGAUGUAAACAUAAUUGAGAGGAAAAUUUUGAAUUGAUGUAAACAUUACUUUAAUAACUCGUAAUUCUGACUUUUUUCACACAAUUUUGAAUUUAUAUUACGCAACUCUGUUUAUAUCUCAGACUUGCUAGAUACCGUCCAAAUUAAAAAGUGAAUGAGUUGAUGUGACCUUUGCUGUUUUUUAUUUCGAUUCUGCAGAAGCAGGUUUUCUGGAGUCUGGUCCUGAUGUUAGGGCACUGCACCAGGGCCAAGAUGAGUGUGAAAAUAGAUUUUAACUGAAAUGAAUGAAAUAUAAUGGUUUAUUAAAAAUAUAUAGUUGUCAAAUGCAUAGGCUUUCUAGCAUUAAUUUAAAGAUACUAGAGUAACAAUUAGGACAGUCCAUUUCUGCAAGCGCAGAACUGAGAAAGCAGCACUGGUGAGCUAUGAUGAAAUAUCUUUUUCAUGUUUAAUAGAGGGUUAGAUGCACUGUUUAUUAUUUUGCUGCAUUGUUAUUGUUUGUUGCUGUUCAGGUUGUUCUAACUUAAAAUGAUGCAUCUGUUAAAUGGGUCGCAAUGAAUGUAUAAUGUCAGGGAAUCGGUCGCAAUGAGCUUGUGUUUCGUUGUGAAGCAGACAUAAUUAAGUAUUUCUGGUGGUUAUGGUGGUAUCAAUAUUUGUUGUAAAGCAUGCUGCCUAAAACUGCUCACAUGUUUAUUUCCUGGGUGUCAGAUUUCAUCUGUAUUUGAACACGAUCCAUUCCGGCCGGACUCGGGACAUUUAUGUAUUUAUUACAGAUCGGGAUCGUCUCGUUUAGCUUCUCUCAGAUAUAGCACAUUGAUCUGGGUCUAACGUUUAAUCAUUGUUUUAUGCUUGAACUGUUUUAUUUUAUCUAUAGACUUUAUUUUACUCAAGUCGUGUUGAUUUGAGAAAGUUAAAUUGAUGAAACAUAUAUGAUCAGUUUACUGUCUCCCAUGACCGCUUGGACGUUACUUUAAAAAACUAAAACUUAUAAAAAAUGCUACAAACUUUUUUCGAAAUUAGUUUCAUAAAAAACCUAAGGAAAUACAAUCACUCUGCCAUUAAAUACAAAACGGAAUCGUUGUUGUUAGCUGAAACGGAAGUAGGCUAUCAGCGGUUGAGGGAGGCAUCUGUGCAGGGCUCGAGCUCAAACACCUUCCGCUUCUGAAACACGUCUCUACACCUUAGACUUCAGAUAAUACAUCCUGUGAAUCUCCAUCCGUCUGAACCCUCUAUUCUAAUAGCUGUAUAUCAGUCCGAAAAAUACAUCAAUAGGCAACAAAAGAUUUUAUUAUUAUUAUUAUUAUUAUUAUUAUUAUUAUUAUUCCUCUGCUUUCGUCACCUCAUCACUGUAAUACAGAGAUAUUUAAAUGGCUUAAAGGAUAGAAAUAAAACAAAUAUUUGAUGAUUAUUGCUUAUUAUUUUGUGAUUAUUGAAUCUUUAGUGAUUUCUAAAUGUAGUGAUGUGUGAGACCGCACAGAAUGACGUGUUUUAGGAGAUCUUCGAGGGUUUUCUCUUGCAGCAGAGCAUCAGAAUCAAUCAGGACACGGAGGUGAUGGAGAAUCAAUAAGAAGCGGUCAGACAGCAUUAAAGAUUUCCACACAAUGAGCUUCGAUCGAUGUCCGAGUCUCAGGAUUCAUCUGAAGUUCUGUUCAAUCUCGUGAUGUUUUCACAUGUUUCUCGUUUCGUUCUCAUUCAGCAUGUUCAUACGCAAAUGUGCUUCGCUAAUAAACUUAUUUUUUGUUGAA